AUGUCGAUAUGUUUUGUUGCUUUGUAUAGGAAGUACACAUCAAAGUACAGAUUGACUGUGCAUAGUUCUGGGGAUCUCUAUACCGCAUAUAUAUUGAGUCGGUCGCCAUUUCCACCGUCAGGUCCACCUCUCCACUGCUGGCUGCUGCUGCUUCUUCGUACAAUCAAGCUGAGGAAGAACAGUGCCUCUGAUGGUGAAGUGAGGGCUGCUGCUUCAGUUCUUUCCGGGUCCCUCUUGCUUCGCUGGAGCAGGAGGAUCGGUCUGUUGUCUCCUUCACAAAUCUGGCUUAGCACGAAGAGUAGAAUUGCAAAAUGGAGCACUCAGGCGGUAGCUAUGGAGUAUGAGUUUUGCGGUCAGGAUGAGGAAAGCAAGGAUCAUUUUUUUUUUCCUCCUGCCGAGUUACGGCUUCAAUAUGGUACAGCAUCCUGUGAAGAGUGGGAAUCAACAGGUCUGCAGCAAGCUGGUCUACCGAACUCUGUUGGAUCUGCUCGUUGCCCGGGAGUCUUAAAGCUCGUGUGGACUGUUUACAUCUACUGGAUAUGAAUGGAGAGAAAUCAAAGGGUGUUUCAAAAGCAUAGCAAGCGGGUGGAGAGAUUGGUGAAGGAUAUAAUCUCAACGGUCCGAAUGUCACUGAUGGCCAAGACCUGAAGCUUGAGGAAUGUUUUAAAGAGAUGACCUUUUAAGUAUAGAAGUUUAGAUGUGUCAGAAUUAUCUACAGUCACACUGGAAGCUUCUGCAAGAAGAGUGAACACUAGCUUCUUCUUAUGCCGCUAGUCUUAUAUACUUGACUCCAUGUUCCAAGGCUCUUGCCUCGAUGUUAGCAUGCCAAUAAAGCAAAAGGUUCAGCUUU